CCCGGCAGCAGCACCAAUGCGUUUUAAAACACAGCAGGGCUGAACGGCUCUCCAGACCGGCGGGGAAGGUUCAGGUGCCGGCUGUGCUCUUCCUGGCGAGGGCAGCGCGGCCGUGGCGAACGGGAGAGGCUAGACAGAGCCGGGGCGAGCCCGCAGGGGCCGCGGGCGACGUUCAGGCCAUUCUCCGAGGGGGGAAGCCCCGCAGCCCCGGGCGGGCGCCGUGCGCGCGCCCCGCCCCGCCGCGGGAAGGCGGAAGGGUUUCGGGGCGGCCCCGGGAAGGCAGCGCGCGGUGCCAUGGAGCGGCGGCGCCGGGUCCUCCGCUGCUGAGGGAGGCCCGCACCGGGAGCCGCCAUGGCCGCCGCCCUCCGGUGCGUCUUCUCCAGCUGCCUCCUGCUCUGCGUAUCCGGAAUAAUGCCAAAACCCCAAAAUGUAAGAAUUACUUCAGUUAAUCUUCGUAGCUUUUUACGGUGGGAUGCACCUGAGUUUCACGAAGGGAAUGUAAGUUACACUGUCCAAUCUAAGAGCAUUACUUUACCUGGAAGCACGUAUACAAAUGUGAGCACAAACUUGAGACUCACAGAAUGCGAUGUCUCUUUUCUGUCUGUGUAUGGAGACUACAUUUUACAGGUCAGAGCGGAGUCAGAAAAUAACCAUUCAGACUGGGAAUCUGUCCCUUUCAAGCCCAUGCAUGACACAGUCAUUGGGCCACCUGAUGUAAAAGUGAAGUCAGACUCUGGGUCCCUACAUGUGGAUUUCAUAGGCCCUUUUACUGAACAUGAACAUGACAAGUGGUCUCUAAAGCAGUAUUACGGCUCAUGGAAUUACAGAAUACUGUACUGGAAAAAAGACAGCAAUAAAGAGGUGACUCGCAUAGAUAGUAAACAUAACUCUGAAGUAUUAUCUCAGUUGGAGCCGUGGACAAUAUAUUGCAUUCAAGUGCAAGCAGUUAUCCCCGAGUGGAACAAAGCAGGGAAACUGAGCGAAGAGCUUUGUGAGCAGACAACCCACAACGGUGUAACUCCCGUGUGGUUAAUUGUGACCGUUCUUAUAGGAUCAAUGUUGGUUGUUGUAAUAUCUGUUCCUGUUUGUUUCUUUUCCUUUUUGUAUCUGUAUCGACUCACAAAACAUGUUUUCUGCCCUUCAUAUAUUUUCCCACAACACUUGAAAGAGUUUUUGAGCAAGCCUCCCAGUGGUUCACAGCUUUUUUCUCCACUCCCACAAGAAGAGCAUCUCUCUUAUGACAAGCUAAUUGUUGUUUCAGAAGAACCCAAAAAUCAUAGUGAUGAGACUGGUGAUGAGGCCAGCAAGACAACAGAGCACCUUCAGGACUCCGAACAAGAAGAUUCCGAUUCAAGAAUAGUCCCAGCUUCAGAAAAGGCCUAAAUACACUCCUCAUACUUCACUCGGACCAACAGAAAAGCAAAUGGGCUGUUGAGUUUAUCUUCUUAUUGCUGCAUUCUUAAGACAGUAAAAAUCCAUGUACGAAGAUCUGUGCACAGGCUUUUGACAGAAUGGUAUUACUUUUUUUUAAGUACAAGAAACUUGACUGUAAAUGAAGAAUUAAAUUAUAUGUAAUUUUUGCCACCGUUUGUUGUGGCUCACUUAAGUUGUAGCAAUACCUAGGACCUGUAUUAUGACAUUAAUUUAAAAAGCAAAUAUCAUAUAUAUAUAUAUAUAUAUAUACACACACUGGUUAAUUUAACUUUGAUGAACUAUUUAUUGCAAAAGCUAAUCAAAAUGGCAUAUUGUAUAAGGUUUGUAAAAGAAAAUUAUACUUUGUAAAGGAAGAACUGAUCUGACUUAUUUUUUUUUAAAGAGAAAUUGUGUGUAUUUCUUAAGGAUCUGCUUAGCAGCAUAAUCUUUCUAUUGAAUAUUUUUUUACCUGAUGCAAAAUUGUAAAGUUGUUAUGAUGAUAUGAACUUGGUAUGAAUAAACCAAACACAAAUA